CGGGCUGUUUGGGAGAACGGAGCCCUUUGAUUGGCUGAAAGUAAAACGGGAGGGACACUUUUCUCAAGCUGAUGCUCUGGAGAAACUUUUGUGUCCCGAAAGAGUAGCAGACAGUCUUACUUUCCAGCACAGACACAGUCCAGCUGAAGCAGAGACCUGAAACACCGUCAUCAUGUCCAGCAAGCGAGCGAAGGGAAAGACCACUAAGAAGAGGCCACAGAGAGCCACUUCAAACGUGUUUGCCAUGUUUGACCAGUCACAGAUCCAAGAGUUCAAGGAAGCCUUCAACAUGAUCGACCAGAACCGAGACGGAUUCAUCGAUAAAGAGGAUCUCCAUGACAUGCUGGCCUCUUUGGGGAAGAACCCAUCUGAUGAUUAUCUGGAGGGCAUGAUGAGUGAAGCUCCGGGGCCCAUCAACUUCACCAUGUUCCUCACUAUGUUUGGAGAACGGCUCAACGGAACCGACCCGGAGGACGUCAUCAGGAACGCUUUCGCCUGCUUCGACGAGGAAGGAUCCGGUUUCAUUCAUGAAGACCAACUGCGAGAGCUGUUGACCACCAUGGGAGAUCGUUUCACAGAUGAAGAGGUGGACGAGCUCUUCAGAGAGGCACCCAUUGACAAAAAGGGCAACUUUAACUAUGGCGAAUUCACCCGAAUUCUCAAACACGGGGCCAAAGAUAAAGACGACAUUUAGACGAUCAGAGAGCGUCAGCUGCAUGCAUGUGCACAGACACAUUACAAACACAUCAGCACUUAGAAGUCAAGAAAAACACAUUUUGUGACAAAAACAUUCCAAUUAUUUCAUUUUCCUCCAAAAUCAUUCAAUACAACCAGGUUGCAUUGCUAACAAUCUGUGCAGUGUGUUUUGUGUUUUUAUGGGGGACUACAGUAUAAAGCACUGUACUCUGCAGCUGGCCAUCUCUUGAGGUCGGAAUCUGUGCAGCUCAGAAAUGAACCUAUUACAUUGGAGAGACCAUAAACCUGCAGAAAAGCAUAUUUUUACAUGUCUCUUUAAAAGGAUUAUCAGUAUCUCCCACUUAAGUACUGUUACUUAAACCCUGAGAAUAUCUUGUUUAUAAUAUGUAGCAGUUCUCAGAUAUGAAGUCAACCAUCAUAUAAACAUGAAGCAUGUUAUAAUUAAAUCUACUCAAAACACA